CUGGGCUCUAGGAUGCUGUUAGCCAAGGUGUGUUUCUAUUUUCUAAGAUGGCGGAGCAUACUGCAGUACAGUAACGAGAUUUUCAAAGCUUUAAAGCUAUUUGUUCUUCUACAACUGACCCUGAUUUGCGGAAUAAGCAUCAAGGUACCCUAUCGUUUAAUUAAGAUGCUUUUGUCUCGGUAUUAAGUACUUUUAACGCGCUUAGUCGCAAGCUACACUGUUCAGACAACGCCAUUUCUUUGUGUAAAUCGUAAAACUUAUAAUUUAAACCUUGUUUAUUUAUACUUUUAUUUAACUUUAAAGCAUUUAAUUGUAGAUGUUUUAGCCGACAAUUUCCAGCUUCGUAAUAAAGCUUUUCAAGGCUGUAAUUCAGUUUCGCUGUCCCUUUUUUCCCAAUCAAAUAUGACACGGAGGCGCACAAAUCUCGUGUUUAGUUAAUUUUUACAGUCUGUAGCAGUGUUUGACAUUGUUUCGAUUGUAUGUAAAUUCGUAAAUUAUACAUUUUUCAACCUAACUAGAGCAAUUUCGUGUAUUGCCUGAAAUCUAGCUGAUUUUAUUAGGGUGCUAAUCCAUUUUUUCAGCGAAGAUCUCCCUGCAACUGACAUUUUUAUUUGACGAAAGAAUUAUAAAUCUAAUGCACUGUUCCGAGGUUCCUCUUCAUUAUCAAUAUUAGCUAAUACGAAUUUGAAAUUUUAUCGCAGCUAUGCCGUAAAAACCUAUCUCAUUUCUUAAGCUAAAAACCAGAAAAUGUAUCGCAUCGAUCCGUUUGUGAGACUUCGUUCUUUCUGUAGAAGGACAGAUAACAUACUCCUUAUUCUAAAAAAAUUGCAAUAUUGGAAGUAGAUUGGCUAAUGGGCAGCCGGCAAUGAAUAAAAUGCAGAGUGUGUGUAUGUUUUGGAAUGAUGAGAAUUCCUUUGAAAUUGCAGUUAAGUCUUAAUGCACUUUAAGCUUAAUUCUUUUGUCAAGCUUAAUUCAUUGCUUUUUUCCUGAACAUUACAAAAUUUUCUCGUGUAUUUGGAUGCAUUUUGCAAAUGAAGAUUACUCAAUAUUCUACAAGUUGCAUUUUGGAAGUCAAUAAUUUUUCUGAAUAGGUUCUUCAGUCUUGAAUAAUAAUAGAGUAUUAAGAACCUAAAGAGCCCAUUUUUGCCCUUUUCCAGUUUAAUCUGGGUGAAAGGAAAAAUGCUUAUUAUGUAAAACAAUGUCAUUUUACCUGCAAAUAAUGAGCUUUUCUGACUGCUUAUUUUAUUGUAUAUUUUUGUUAGUUAUUAUUUUUACAUUUUUGGAAAACUGCAACUGCACCUCAUGAGUAGCAAUGUACUAAAUAUUAGGACAAAACUGAAAAUGAAGAAGAUACAAUUUUAAGAGAGUCUGGAAAAAGCUGGAUGUUUAAGACAAAUUUUUCUAGUGAUAGUGUAUUUCAUUGAUAAGGACAUGUACCCUACAAAGGACAUCUGUGAUGUCUUAAAAAUCAAAGUAGGCACCAAGUUAAAUAUGUGCAAGCUAGUUAAAGAGACUGUUAUGAUUGUGAACUAUAGUAAAAUAGAAAUCCAGGUUGUGUAAUUCCACCUGAAGAAAAUUAACCAUUCAUCAGGAGCAAGAUUUAAUUUUGGGUGGUACCCACUAUCCCUUAUCCUAUUAACUCUGGGGGUUUCUAAGUACAAAGGCAAAAAUAGCAAACAUACAAACAAACAAACAGUCGCUGCUUUCUUGUCAUCAAUGUAGUCAAAUUGGUUUUUUUUUCGUUUUGUUAAGUCUAACCUCACAGGCAUUGACACCUAGCUAGUAGAGUGGGAAGUGUCAGCUCAUGGGAGGUUGGGUAAACCUCAAGUGCAACGAGGAGCUGGAAAAAUUACUUAACUUGAACUAACUGUUAACAAAUAAUAUAUAGAUUUAGCCAGGGCUGAAAGCGAAGCUCUCGAUAAUAUUUAUAGUUUGUUCAAAAAUAUAUAAAAUUGUGUAAUGCUAAGCGGUGAAGGCAAUGCCGGAGAACGGUGAAAAAACAACAGUUGGUCUAAUUAGCAAAAAAAGCAACUUUGCAUUUUUGUACAUUUCUUUGCUGUUGUUUUGCACGACUACAACGUGAAACUUCCAGAAACUUCUUAGUUACACGUUUUAUGGAGGAAAUGUUGUACAUGUUCUUGUUCACUUUUUUUUCGCUGCCACUCAUUUUCACGUUGCAUUGGUGGCUGCUAGCAUUUCCUAUUUUGUCACCGCGGCUACAAAAUUUUGCUGUUGUUCUUGCAACAAAAAAAUGUCUCCUUUGUUUUUUAUUUCUCACUCUAGUCCUCUCUCGCCCUUUUUCUCGUUGAGCUUCGCUGGCCAGCCGCCUACUUUCUCUUUUUCUCUGUCUUUCUCCUGCUCUAUAUUCCAAAUUUGUGGACAUGACAAUUAAUCUAAACUAAAUACUUUAGACAAAACGAAUACAGAGACAAUUUUCACUUUCCGUUUUCGUCUUUAUUGACUCUUUAGUUGUCUCUGCUUUACAAGAUGCCAGUGGCUAUGCGAUUUCCCGCCAAAAUAACCUUGACUGGCGCUUGGGUUGCCAUACCUGUUGACUGAGUUAUUUUACAUUGGUAUGCAUGUGGUGCGUAGGGACGGUUGGUAGGGCAGUCGGUUGGUCAGUGUACGGUCACGUGACUACCAAUUUUCUCAGAUGGGUAGAUUACUUCAUUUUCUUACCCAUGGUGCCCUGCUGGUGCGAUUCGCGCGCGAGAGCUGUGCUAUAAUAAAAUAACAACACUCAUUGUGAGAAACAAUCAGGUCCAAGCUCACAUUGGUGGACACUCUUGUACAUGUGAUCAAACACAAGUGUCUACUAAUGGACGGUAUCCACUUGUGGGAGGUUGGACAAAUAGAGGAUAUUACAUGGCUGCACGGAGAUAUGAAAUUUCUCUUCAAGUGUGCUCACUCGUGAAAUAUUUUUCAACACAAGAAGAGAAAUUUCAUAUCUCCAAGUGGCCAUGUGAUGUUUUAUUUAUUAUGUAAACACCAAUAAAAUGCCAAGCCAUUUCACUUAAAUAUUGUUUUGCUGCAAAAGGUGCAAUUUAUUAUGUAGCCAUGGAAAUGGUGAUCUUUUCACGUGUGAAAAAAUAACAGGUUAUUUUCACGUGUAAAGAUAUCAGUUUUUCGCGCGAAAGCUCACCUGGUAUUUCAUUGGUGUUUAUUUAAUAAAUGUCAAGCACUACAUAAGGAACUGACAAGAAUUGCUUGAUUUGAGCUGACUGUCAGCGUGCAAAGAAGGUAAUGUUCGAUAGACCAGGGCUAGUGGAUUUUGCUAUCAGGCUAGUGAAUUCUGUUCUUAUCUUGCCCAUCAGGCAAGUGAAGGUUUUGUUGGGAGUAUUUAAUAACUGAAGAAAUGCAAACAAUCCUGCUCGUCAAAAUUUUUUUGGGGCUGGUGCGUGCCAGCUACAGCUUGUCCACAUGACAGGCUGUAUAACUGACUUUUUUUGCACCCUGGCUGGUGGUGAAUAUAACAUAAGGACUACACCAGUGUGUCAUUUUACUUGUUACAUCCACUUUAAAUAAUUAUUACGUGAUGACCCUCUAGUGACGUUUGAUUUUAGUCUCCACUUGUUUUACUGUCAGAUUAAGGUUGUUGUUGCUAUUUGGAGAGUCUAAAAAUGGUUUCCUCCUCUUCUUACAAGAGGUUUCUGCUUCCAGGAGGUUUAAAAUGUGGGGUUUUAAUGGUAAAAUUACAAGGGCUAUGGUUUGGUGUCCGUUUAGGGGAGGUUUUGGUGCAUUAAUUUUGUUAAAUUUUGUUUCCUUUUUUUCUUCCCUUUGUGUUUUAGGCUAUAAAAGUGACAACAUGGGGAAGCUAUUAUCAAAAAUAUUUGGCAAUAGAGAAAUGAGAAUUCUGAUGUUGGGUCUUGAUGCUGCUGGAAAAACUAGUAUCUUUUACUUGUUGCGCCUAGUAACAUGAUUUAUGUAUGUUUUGCGAAUAAUUUUAAUAUAUUGAUAAGUAAUGAUUAUUAGAGUCCUGCAAUAUAAAUUGUUGGAAAAGUUUUGAAGUAUCUGUUGAUGCCUACACUACGGUCAGGGCUGUCAUUAAGUUUUGAAGCAGUUGUAGCAACUGAAGAUUUAACAUAUCGCAAAGCGUCACCUUAACACUUCGUCUUCCGGGGUCGCCGAAAUCGGAGCUUCAGGAACGGUGACCAAAGAAAUUUCGCAAAAAAUUGUGUUACUUCCGAUUGCUCCCAAAUUUGGCACACAGGAAGUUAAUAGAUUUAGCCAAUCACCUGCCUAGUUCCAGCCCCUGUCGACUUUUGACCGUCACACACCGGGUUUUCGAAAAUUUUGAAUUUUAUGGCGAGUCGCGGGGAAUCUUUGUGAGCCGGUUUUGCGAAUAAUGAAAGCUUGUAUAGACGAAUGUCAACCAAAUACAACUCAAACAAACUAUUCUGAAGGAUUUUGGAGGAUAACAAGCAAAAUAAACGCGAAAAUCGAGGUUAGGAAACAAUUAGAAUCUGUGCAUGCAAAUCGCCGAUCGCCCACUCUGUGCCACAUGUUCUUGAAACGGCGACGAUUUCCUUCCCGUUUUGCCUUCGCUUCGCUUUUCGCUGUCAAAUUCUUGCUUAUUUUGAUGAAUUCUAUCAGCAAAUUCAUGUCUGCUUGUCCCUAACUCGAUAUUUUUUUGGGAAUCGAGGAAACAAAGCGUCUCAGUGAAGUAAACAUGGGGUCACGAGGUGACGCCAAAGGAUUAUGCUAAUUAUGAUAAUCCAAUUAGCAUAAUCAUGACAGUGUGCAGAAAAAAAUUUGUAGAAAAUUUCUAGUCGCUCCAUAUUUUAGAACGAUUUUCGGGUUUUUUUACUUACAUAUUGAUGAAAAAUAUUUCUUGCUACCAUAUCACCCAAAAUAAAGAAGUUUCCUAGCUAAAUGACAUUCUUUAAAAUUUUAAAAAAAUUUUAUGCAAAAUAUGCUUUUUUAAUUUUUUUGUGGCGGAAUAUUAUGGGUUUCCUAUGACCGAAAUAUUUUUUUUUCGAAAGGGUAUUCUUUUCCCUUUCCAAUGAGGUAUAGCUUGAUAUUGAACUGUAAAUAACACCAGAGAUAUGAUUUUUUAAAGUUACAUGGCAAAAUACAUUGAAAUAAUUGGCGGCAGACAAUGAGUUAAGCCUUCCAUUUUGAUAACCCAUAACAUCAAGUGAGCUCAGCCAUAACAAGUGUUUUGGGUUACAGCACUUAAUGACAGCUCUCCCCAGCAGUCCCUCUGCCCAGUCCCUCAUUCUCUUAAGGGAUAUUAGAGUGGCAAAUCACAUAAGUAGCAUGAAAGUCACCACCCAUGAGGAAAGGGGGUACUUGGAGUCACAUCACCUUACUUGUGGGUAGCUGUUUUCCCUUGCGCUUGCAUAACUUGCUGCCUCUGCUAUGUCUGAGGAAAAUGGGGGAUUUUGCAUAGUCUAUUGACUCAAGAAUAUUAGGGUAAAGUAAGAUAUGGACUGGGGGUUUGGGGCUUAUUAUCUGAUGCUUUCUUUGUUUUAAGGUAGAUGAACCUAUGACUGGUGGGUAUUUUAAGUGGGGGAGGGGGGAGCGGGGUCUUAUAAGAGUCACUUUACCGUAUUUGUAGACACAGUUUGCAAAAUUUAAGGCUUUUUUGAGUAUUUUAAAAAAAGUACAGGUUAGGUUAUAAAAGUUUUAAUUUAGGGAUCUCAUCAUUAGUAAUGUAGGAUGUUAAAACUAGCAGUGGUUUCAAAACAAGCCGGCGACUGCCAGAGUGCUGCCGGCUACUUGACCGUAUGUUGACAGCUACUCUAGACCCCCCUAGCUUCAGGGGCCUUGCAGCCCCUCGAUGGUCACAGCUGCCUACUUUUCCAUAGUCGGCCACCUACUUCAAAACAUUUUGAAACCCCUGAACUAGCAGUUUGCGAUUAACAUGUAACUUUUGUAAAUUUAUUAAAUCCUUGACCUAAAGUUAGCAAUUUUAUACAAACUUAAGUUGGGACAAUCAGUCACAACUAUACCAACUGUAGGUUUUAAUGUGGAGACUGUCUCAUACAAGAAUGUUAAAUUCAAUGUUUGGGUAGGUAUGACGGUGUUCUUUGCUCGACCUUUUUGAACAUCACCUCUUCAACAAAAAAAUUUAAAUGCAUGGUUACCAGUCAUAAAAAGGUGGUAUCUCAAGACAGGGUGAAAGUUCCACAGAGUGUAAAAUCAUUUUUUCAUGCUUAUUUUUAUCUUACUUUAACUUAAGAGAGACCAAAAUGCCAACUAAUAAAGACACGGUCUCCUUCCCAGUCAUUCUCAGUGAGAGAAAAUAAGACAAAAUUUGAGAGGAACAGUUCUCUACAGUAUUAUCACAUGACCUGCACAGGGAAAACAAAACGUACUUGUAAACCAAAGAGCUCUAUAGUUUCUGCAACACCAAGAACACUUCAUUUAUACAGUAGUUUAUGGUUUAUACAGCAAAUACUGUGGUUUAUAGUGCUGUAGUUCAUAGUUCAUAGAAAUCGUAUGUGUAAUAUAUUGUCCAGGCUUGUCUCAUACAUAUCUUGUUAGUAUGGUAUGUCUACAAUCCUCCAAGUUAUAUCGCACAAAGUGUCUUUUUUUUCUGGUGACUGUUCUCUAAAGUUAUGUUCGCUCUUAAAAAGGUGAGUUUGAAAAAGGUCAAGUUUGAAGCACUAGCUUCAUGUGGACUGUCUUAAUGACAGUGGAUUCAAUGACAGGAAUUUAUUAAUCUUAUCUACCUUAUCGUCAUAUAUAGCCGCAUUCCAGAAGUUAAUUUCUGGGCUGGGUUGUUCAAAGCUGGGUUAAGAUAACCCAGGGUUAGUGCAAAAUUUGAAUUCAAAUAUGAAAGCUUAUAAAGUAAAUUCAGUUUAAUUCUUUUUGUCAAGAAGUUGAUGAUUCGAGCUCUAUGAAUAUCAGAGAAAAUUGUCCGAGAAAGUUCUUUUGAACGAAAGAAAAAGAAACCCGGGUUAAAUUUAACCCUGGGUUAAGUGCUAAUCAGCCUUCGAACAACUGGGCCCUGGUGUUGAUGGUUUUGUGAGUUUCACAGUAAGUGAAUAUUGAUUUUUUAGGAUGUUGGAGGACAAGAUAAAAUCCGUCCUUUAUGGCGUCAUUAUUACAAUGGAACCCAGGGCUUGAUAUUUGUAGUUGACUGUGCUGAUCUUGAUCGUAUUGAUGAAGCAAGAACAGAACUUCACCGUAUAGUAAAUGACAGGGAGAUGAAGGAUGCCCUUAUUUUGAUAUUUGCCAAUAAACAAGAUUUACCAGAUGGUUAGUAAUUUUGAAAACAUUUAUGUUGUUGUAGAAUCCCUUAAGUUACCUCUUCGUAAUUUUCUUGCUCAGUGUUCACCAAUAAUGUGGGUGGCAACAGCCAGUAAAUCAUUUAUAUAAAUUAAAAAUGUAAGAGCCAUUCAGAGAUGUUCUGAUUGUUCGUAAGUUCGCAUGUUGCCUUAAACUCCCAGCAGAGGUUCUUCCAUCUUUCUUACUGCUGUAAGCACAUACUCCAAGGAGCAAUACUCCAAUAACUGCUGUACUGAAGUGCAAAUAGGGCCACCUCUUCCCAGCAAUAAUAGGGAACUUUAGCAAGAGCGAUGGCAACGAGAAUGUCAAAAACACAAAAGGUUUAAUUAGCAAAACAACACCUUUGCGCAUGCAUCAGGCUUUUUUGUACAUUUCUUUGCCGUCACCGCACGACUAUGACAGGAAAAUACUUAAUGUCAUGUUUAUGGAGGACGUAAACAAGUGAAGACAAAUUUUUCUUUUUCUUUCUAAACUUAAGUGCGGUCCCCUAAAAAUCAGCUCCAGGGAAAUUCGCAUACAUUUGACAUUUACGGUGAAAUGGAAUAAACAGGAGAAAGUUUGAAAAAAUGCGAAUUCAUUUUAAAAGUGACGUUUUCGCUGCCAUAACCAUCGUUGAUGCUAAAGCUUUCUAAUGCAGCAUUUCAUGAAAACUUGUGAAAACUGUGUAAAUUAAAGAUUCCUUGAAUAAGCGAGGUUACAGGCUCUGUUUAAGGUUUUACUUGACUAUCUGAAAUGCAACAUCAUCAACUGUGGCUUAUAAGCCCUGGGCUUGUACAACUUUAUAAUGGGUUUUAGGAGGGCCUAUAAACAGAGGGGCUUAAUGUGAUGGGGCUUACAACCAGAACAAAAAAAGUGCUUCAAAACAAGCUAUAGCAGUGCUGAUCGAAAGGUGUUUUGUGUUUACUGUAUUUUUAAUUCACCUGCAAAACUUCAUAGUAAAUGAAAUUCAUUUCAUUACCUUUGGAGGGGGCUAUGUUUGGGAGGGAAGGUUACAGGUAGAUAGGCCGAUAACUUGGGGGGUGGGGGGGUGGGGCUUCUAAGCAUUCUAAGCACCAGUUAAUGAUACCAGUAAUUUUCUGUUUGUGACUGUCAAUCAGAAUUCCUGAAGUAAUAAUUAUUUUACUUUUCAGCUAUCAAACCACAUGAAGUUCAAGAAAGAUUACAUCUUGCAAAACUAAGAGAUAGAAACUGGUAUGUGCAGCCAUCAUGUGCUACAUCUGGUGAUGGCUUAUAUGAUGGAUUAACCUGGCUUUGUUCCAAUCACAAACAUUAAUUUCAAGGACACUGGGUUGAAUGCCUUGUACUAUAUUUCCAUAACCAACUUGAAAGUUCAAAGAUUUUAACCUUAAAAAAAAACAACUGCUUUUGUGAUAAGAAAUCAUUAUUAGAUUUAAGUAUCUAAUGUUGACUCUUAUGAAUCUAUUACUCUAUCUUUAGUGGUGUUGUAAUGCCCCACAAAACAGUUAGGUUUUACAUAAAGAAAUGUAACAAAACCUUAACAUUGUAGGUUAUUUAUAUCAUGGCUUCUGAUAAUGAUAAAUAACAAGUAUAUAUUGACCUGGUGGUCAAUAUGGAAGGAUCCACAAUGAAGCAAAGUUUAUAUUCUUUGCUGUUGACAGAGAAAGACAUUAUUAUAUGAAGUGCAUCAGAUUUAUCUGUUUAAAGUGAGAUUUUUAGUGGACUUGAAAAAGUAUAUCUGCUCUGAGAGGGUAGUGAUGUCAGACCAGAUUUCAAAUGUAGCACAGACCCUCAAUUCCACAAAAGGCAUCCUGUUUUGGCCUUUAUAAAAUAAGAUAUGUGCUUUUAAAAUUCUUUUACUGUCAACUCUCUCUUAACGGACACCUCUAUAAGAUGGACACCUCGCUGGACACCUAAAGUUGGUCCUGCCCGCCCUCUCUCCUUUGAGUUGUCUCUCUGUAAGACAGACGUUACUCUUAGACAAACAGAUACAGUGAAACCUGUAUUAAGCGGACACCGUAUUAAGCGGACACCCUCUAUUAAGCGGACAGUAGCUGAAGUCCCCAAAUUUAUUUCCCUUAUUUACUUUAAAUGAAACCUUUAUUAAGCGGACGCGGACACCUAAAAAGUACCUGAAAUGGUCAUUUCAAUCGUUGCCAACCUGUAUUAAACAGACACUUGUAAUUAAAUUCCACCACCCAACAUGCCAGACACCGGAAAUGCGAAAGACUGCCACCCACAAAUUUUCAUUUUUUACCUAAAAAACGUGACUUGACUAACUUAUUUGAUUAGUUUCACAGGACAGUUAUGUUUUCUGUUUCAUUUUGUUUGUAUAGAGCUUGUUCCACUCAUCUGAUUUCUUCAAAUUUGAGUUGCAAUCUAUGUUUAUGGUACUUUGAUCAACUGGUCCACUAACCUCUUAAAUAAAGAAAUUAAUGCAAACGUAUAUCGUCAUAGUUUCUAGGAGUAUUCUAAACGUUUCCACUGUUCAUUUGAAUGGCAUUUGACACCUCAUAUAACGUUAUCUAUCGAAACCUGUAUUAGGCGGAUGCCCUGUAUUAAGCGGACACUACAGCAUUCCCGGAGGGUGUCCGCUUAAUACAGGUUUCACUGUAGUGCCGAUCCCAAAGGUGUCCCUUAUAGAGAGAGUUGGCUGUAAACUGAGGGCGCUCCCAGCUGAAGCAUUUGGACAUGUACAAUCCUCGACAGGGAUUUGCGGAUUUAAUGUUAAGAAGAUAGAGUCUGUGAUGUGGAGUCAAAACCUGGUGAGCUUAAAGGAAAUGUUGUUCUUUAUGCUUUAUACAUGAGCUUCUCUGCAAACAUUGACUCCUUAACUUGGUACAGUGUAGUCCCCCAAAACUUUGUCGCAGUAAUAUUUUUUCAAUGCAAGUUUUAAUGUUUUCUUUUGAUUUGGUUGUUCACUAGGUAUUGAAGUAAAUAAUCGCAGUUGGGGCAACAAAGUAUUUUAAGUGCCUCAUGUACUGGGGUAAUUAAACCUCUUUUAGGGGUAUAGAAUGGUUCUUCAAAUUUUGGCCAGAUCACGAAAUCUCAGAAGUGUUUGUCUUGAGGUCUUUUUGGGGGGGGGUGAUUUUGCAUCUCGGAGUCUCAAAUUUUUUUAAGUCUUGGUCUCAAAGUUUGAAAUCUGGGUCUCACAGUCUUGCAAAGUCUCAAAUUCACCAUUCUACACUCCUUCUUUUGCCCUUUUUCUAUUUUCAAUUACCAGGUUGGCAUUUUUUAUGUCUGAAAUAAUUGUGAUACUAAUGCUAAUACUAAUACUGAUUCGCAGAAAACUUGUUGUGUAAAUUAUACCACUGAACAUCAAAGAAAACUCAAAAAGUAUGUUUUCACUUUAAGUUAUUUUACAAAUUAAAGGACCAGACCAAAUCUUUUGUUGGAUUACUAUCAUGAUUGCAUGUUCGAGUUGUCACGAGAGUGAGACCUCGAGGAUGUUGUCAGCUUUUCCAUCAUUUGCAUGUUAUUGUCAUGUGAAGGUUUCUUAUGCUGGUCAGUAGAAAGCUUGGUUUGUUGCUUGACCUUUUCACUCUUGAUAAUAGCCCAAGGAAAAAUCCAGACAUUCAAAUUUCUUCUGUAAAAUUCUGAAAAAUAAAAUAGUACUAUGCAGAAGGUGUGUUACAGAGGUUUCAUUUGAAUGGUAACACCAUGAUAGGAUUUUGUUCAAAGCUUUAAGAGUUAUAGCUACAACCCUGGUCAAACCUCUUGGGACACAAAUGCUAUAGCUCGUCAAAAUGAGGCAUUUUUCCUCUCCCCUCCUCCCCAGUGCAGUGUUGACGUUCUGCAUUAAAGUUUUGUUUCAAGACAAUCAACACUGCUUAGGGGAGAGGGGGACAGCAGAAAUAGGCUCUUAGAACAACAUUUCUAAGCUUUUUUAAGAGAUACAAUAUGAGUUCAUUUAGGAAAGUAUGUCUUUAUGCCUAAUUUCCUUGUGUCCCAAGAUGUUGUGACCAGGGUUUUAGUGAGAAAUACAUGUAAUCUCCAAUUUAGCAUUGGAGUCAACUUCGGUGAAUGGGUUCAAGCUGACAUUGUGCGGAAUCCACAACUUAAGUAAUUUAUCUGCUGAGAGACUCACACGUUUAUGCUGCCAGUAAAUAAUUUUGUUUUGCAUUUUUGUUGUGUUUUUUUUAUUAUUAUUAUCCUUGAUUCGUUCAGCUAGUGCUUAAAUCUGAGGUUAGGAUAAGUAAAAUGAGAUUUUAAAGUUGAGGAGCUAGCCAAAAUAUUUUUGAUCAGAUAUGUGAGCUGCAUUUUUUUGUACAGUAUGAGGUCAGGA